UGUGGCACGCUUCCUGCGUUGCAAGUGGAACCAUUUUACUCCUCUGUUUGUAGGGUUUGGGGAAUUUCCUCUCUGCGUCGAUAAUACCAGUGAUGAGCGACGGUUUUGAAUUUCACUUACAAGAUUCCCAAGAUAAUACUGCCGUUACGGAAACCGGAGAUGGAAAGUGUUCGAUGCUCCGAGUCGCUGAUGAAGCUAGCGAUUCUUGUUUGGAGCAUGGUUCGAGAGCUACGGUGAGUGAGCUUCACGCUAGGGUUUCUCGAAAUGCGAAAUCUGAGGAUGUUGCUUCGACAGAAGAGUUUAGGGUCAGGGUUCGUUCCGAGUGUGAUGGUGGACGCGCAGGUAAUACAACCACCGUCGAUCGGUUUGAAGAUGAAAAUGAGGAAAUUGUUGGGCGUCGUAAUCGAGAAGAUGCCGAGAAAUUUCCUGGUUCUGAUAGCAAUUCUCUGUUAUCGGAAUUCGAUGAGUACGUGGCAGGUGAGAGAAAUGGAGGAGUGAGAGCCGUAGUGACGAGGGAUCUAAGAUAUGGUUUUGAAGUGGGUGAUAUGGUUUGGGGAAAGGUGAAAUCUCACCCAUGGUGGCCCGGCCACGUAUACAAUGAAGCAUUUGCAUCACCCUCGGUGCGUCGCACGAAGAGGGAAGGCCAUGUGUUGGUAGCUUUCUUCGGCGAUAGCAGUUAUGGGUGGUUUGAACCGGCCGAACUUAUCCCGUUUGAUUCCAAUUUCGCUGAGAAAUCGCAGCAGACGAAUUCUAGAACAUUUUUGAAGGCCGUGGAAGAGGCCGUUGAUGAAGCAUGUAGGAGGUGUUGUCUUGGGUUGGCUUGUAGAUGUAGGAACCCUAGUAAUUUUUGUCCAACAAGUGUUGAAGGGUACUUUUCAGUUGAUGUGCCUGACUAUGAGCCAGGAGGGUUCUAUUCUGAUAAUCAGAUUAGGAAGGCAAGAAAUAGUUUUAAACCAAAUGAAACUCUUGCUUUCGUAAAGCAGUUGGCCCUGGCUCCACAUGAUGGCGACCAUGGUAGCAUUGGCUUCACUAAGAAUAAGGCUACGGUUUUUGCUUAUCGAAAGGCAGUGUUUGAGCAAUAUGAUGAGACUUAUGCCCAGGCUUUUGGAGUGCAGCCAUUGCGCCCUUCUCAUCCUCAGAAUAAUCCACUCGAUCAGCCUGUGAGACAGCCUCCUAGAGCUCCUUUGAGUGGUCCUCUGGUGAUAGCUGAAGCUUUGGGUGGUGGGAAGAACACUACCAAAUCUAUUAAAGUUAAGGACAAUUUGAAAAAAGAUAGAUACCUUUUUAAACGGCGAGAUGAUCCAACUAACUCUUUCCAGUUAGAAUACAGGGAAGAGACCCCUGAUGCAGCUGGGCAAUAUGUAUUUCAGAAGAGGACUCCAGCUGUGCCUGUGGCGCCUCAUAAUUUAGAAAAGAAUGCAGACACAGGGUUUAUUAGCCAUGAUGGUGCAACUUCAACUUCAGAUGCCAAAGGAGCUUUAAUACGUCAGGUUCAAGGAGAUUGCAGUGGUCUUACAUCCCCAGCCAUUUCCUCUGAUGCAAAACCUCAUCUUGACAAGGGGAAGGAAUCUUUUGAAGAAAUGACUCACAACUUUGAACAGGAUAAUAUUUCAAGUAAAAGCAUGGGUAGGUCUGAUUUAUCAGGGGAGUUAACAUUACGAAGCACGGUUAAUGAGACAUCUCAACCAUCCCAUCUUGAGAGCAAAAUUUCUGUUGAUGUUAAAUGUGAUGGGAAUGCAAAAUUGUCGGGACCAUGUAAAGAUUCUAAGCAAACAGAGCAGGGACUUCAGACUAUUGCUGAUGGAGGAAAUGAUAUGCAUCAAGUUGAGAGCGAAAAUAAUGUGUAUAGUUCACCAGUUGAAGCAAAGCAUCACGAAAUCAGCGCUGUGAAGAAGAUAAAAAGUCUUAAGCGACCUGCAGAUGACUUGAACUCUAAGGCUUCUGCUAUUUGGGAGAGAAAGAAGAAAAGGAAAAAGGAUUUAAAUUUGCAACCAACCUCAGCGCAUCUGGAGAAGCACUCUACUACUGAAAAAUCUUUACACCUUUCAGGAAAAUUGACAGGAAAAUCUGUAUCACUUGGUUUGGAUCAUAGAGAGCAUUCUAAGGAUUUUCGUGCAGAACAAGUGCAGGUAGAUGUUAGUGACCGUAAUUUUCCACCCAUGGAUACCAUAGGAGAUACUAAUUUUGAAGUGCCACAACUUUUGGGUGAUUUGCAAGCUCUUGCUUUGGAUCCUUUUCAUGGCAUUGAGAAAAAAAUCCCUUCAGUUGUUCAGCAGUUCUUUUUGCGGUUCAGAUCUCUUAUUUACCAAAAAAGCUUGUUUUUAUCACCACCAACAGAGAAUGAAGCUCCUGAAGUUCGAGUUACUAAAUCUCCUUCGAGUGUCAGGGCAUCUGACAAUUCUGAUGAUCAUGUCAGAACUUCACCACUUGUAAAACCUGUAAAACAUAUUGUUCGGCUUGAUGAUCCCACAAAAGCUGGGCGGAAAAGGGGCCCCUCUGAUCGCCAAGAAGAAAUUGUUGCAAAGAGGUUGAGGAAAAUCAAGGAUAUAAAGGCGCUAGCUGCAGAGAAGGCAGCGGCCAGCCAGAAAACUUCUGAAUCCCGGCGAGAAGAGGGAAAAGAAUCCUUGUCCCAGGCUCCACCCAAGUUGGCAAAACCAGACUCGACCAGGAAAGUGAACCGUUCAGCGAAGGCAGUUGAUCCCACCACACUGGUGAUCAAGUUUCCUCCUCAAACAUCACUUCCAUCUGUUGCAGAGCUGAAGGCAAGGUUUGCUCGCUUUGGCCCAAUGGAUCAAUCAGGUUUCCGUAUAUUUUGGAAGUCCUCAACUUGCCGUGUUGUUUUCUUGCACAAAGCUGAUGCACAAGCUGCAUAUAAAUAUUCUGUAGCCAACCAAUCCUUAUUUGGCAGUAUGGGUGUGAGGUGCUUCCUUCGAGAAUCUGGGGAUUCUGCACCUGAAUUUCCUGAAGCUGCCAAGGCUAGGGGAGAUGAUGAUGCCAAUGAAACACCUCGGGUCAAGGAUCCUGCAGUGGUUCAUCGCCAGAUACCAGUUUCAUCACUACAACCUCUUCCACAGCCAAUGAACCAGCUCAAAUCCUGCCUGAAGAAAUCUACAGGUGAUGAGUCAGGUCAAGUUACUGGCAAUGGAGGUAGUAGUAGAGGAAACCCACGUGUAAAAUUCAUGUUAGGUGGGGAAGAAAGUAGUAGGGGAGAGCAAUUAAUGGUGGGUAAUAGAAACAACUUCAACAAUGCUAGUUUUGCUGAGGGUGAUGCACCUCCUGUUGCAAUGGAUUUUAAUACUAAGAAUCUUCAAAAGCUCACUUCUCAACCUCCGUUGCCUAUUCUUCCUCUUGCACCUCAGUUUACAAAAUCCCCACAACAUAAUUUGCGUAAUUCUGAAUUUGCAAUGCCACCCAGAAACAUCCCCAAUUUUAUUAACACCACAGCAUCAGCUACUUCAACCACAGUUGAUGUAUCACAGCAGAUGAUAAGCCUUUUGACGAGGUGCAACGAUGUUGUGACUAACCUGACGAGUUUAUUAGGCUAUGUGCCAUACCAUCCACUUUGAUAAAAAUGGAGCCUUACCCGACGUUACACCAUAUCCCAUCCAAUUGAAAUUCGCGCGAGUUUGGAUUGUGGGUGACUUGAUCCAGGAAAUGCAAGAAAUACAAUACAAUCGUGGAAGAGCGCGCGGAAUCAUGUUGGGGCCGAGAGUGGUUUUUUUUUUUUUUUUUUUUUUAGGUUUUUGGGUUCUGAACAUUGACAGUUGCAUCUUCUUUUUAGUUACCUUUUUUUUUUCGUUUUCUUUUUUAUUUAAAUCACUUUUGGGGUGCGAGAUGGUACUUCGUUGAUGUAUCAACCCUAACGGCCCACAGAUGCUCUCAUGUACCUAUGUACUCACCUGAAAGAGGCUUUGGGGUAUUGUUUAGAUUACCUUCUCCUCGCAACGCUAAUAUUUGGAGUUCCGGACUCCUUUCUCUUCCCGUGGUUUUGGGUCUCAUUGCGUGAGAAUUGAGAAUGAGACAUUGCAAUUCAUAAGGGCCUACUGGCCAA